AGUUUGUGGCUCUGUAGUAAACGGUUGUGUUCGUGAUCGAUAACGUCUUAACGAAUUAACUUUAUUAAAAAAAAAAUUUUGAACUGGAACGUUUGUAACGAAGGCAAAAAGUCGAAGUUCAAGAAAAUAAGUGCUUGAGAAUUGUGCCAGAAACGAGACGUUCAGUGGAAUCGUAAAUGAGCAAAUGCGCACAUGUGCAAUGGGUUUCCGAGUAUAAGCUCAGUGUAAUAAAAUCAAAAAAUAAUAUUAAAAGCAAAACUUGUUGUGUUUAUAACGCUUUAAUGGCCUUAAUAUAUCCAAUUAUCGGGAAAGAAUUUCAAAAUUAAUGCAAAAAUAAAUUCAAAAUUUCGAAAUUUGCAAAUGCCCAAAACUCAACAAUGCAGAAGUUUAUAGCAUUCAGUCUGGCCUUGCUCCUCUUUGCUAAUGCAGUCUGUAGCCUUGUCAGUUGCCUACCGGAAUGUCACUGCGACGAUAAAACACUUGUCGUAUACUGCGAUGAGGGAAAUUUGGAUGUUCUACCAAUAACGUUAAAUCCAUUCAUUCAACGUCUUAUCAUACAGAAAAAUAAAAUCAAAACUAUAGACUCAUCCAUACAGUUUUACUCCGAGCUAACACACCUGGAUUUGUCGUCUAAUCACUUAAUGGCCAUUCCGCAACGUACAUUUGCGUACCAGCGAAACUUACUGGAAUUGAAUCUAAGCAAUAACAAAGUCGGAGAGAUAAGUAACAAAACGUUUAUUGGACUUUCUUCAGUCACGAUUUUAAAUCUGCGCGGUAAUCUCAUUACGGAGUUGCAAGAAAGUACCUUCACACCCCUGAAAAAUAUUGAAGAACUUAAUAUAGGCGAGAACCGCAUUGAGGUUAUUCAUCCCAAAGCCUUCGACCAAUUAUUAAAUCUACGUAUAUUAUAUAUAGAUGAUAAUGGUUUGAAGUCCCCGCUGGAUGCAGUGAUAUACUAUCCUCUUACAAAUUUGGCGGAACUGUAUUUAGGAAUGAACCUGCUGAAAACAUUACCCGCACACUCUUUUCAGGACUUAAAACGUCUAACGCGUCUGAACCUACGCAGUUCUGGGUUGUACAACAUAUCGGAGAACUCAUUUGAAGGUUUAGAAAUGUUGCGUACAUUGGACUUAUCAGACAAUCAUAUGGUAGAAGUUCCAAGCGCAAGUUUUCAACAUUUGCCUCGAUUAGAAGAACUUUUCAUCGGUGAAAAUAAUUUUGAAAUCAUACAAAAAGAUGCUUUCGGCAGUCUACAGCAACUAAAACAUUUGGAAAUAAAUGGUGCAUUGGAACUAAAACGCAUCCUGAAUGGCGCUUUUAAUGGCAAUACAAAUUUGGAAUACAUCAAUUUAUCCUCCAAUAGAAACUUGAAUGAAUUGCAACCCGAAAUUCUCAGUGGCUUGCCUCACUUACGCCAUGUUCUGAUAAGAAACAAUGCACUGAAUACGUUCGAUGAGCAAGGAAUGAAUCUACAAAAUAUAUUAACUUUUGAUUUAAGUGAAAAUCCUUUAGUGUGUGACUGUCGCUUAAUGUGGAUGCACAAACUUCUACGAGAGAAAAAUGGAAGUGAAUCGACCAUUGCCGAUGUGCAGUGCAAAUUUCCUAAGAGUUUACAAGGCAAAUUUCUAAAAGACGUAGACACCAUUUCAAUAGGUUGCACAACAGCUGAUCCACGCAGGCAAACUUUGAUUGGUGCACUAAUUGUUGGUGUUGUGGCCACUCUAACAACAUUAGCUCUCUUUACUUAUCGAUAUCGAAAGAAUUUGAAACAACAACUUAAAUCUGUACUUUGUAAAGAGGAAACGGAAGACAACAAAAAACGGGAAUACCAGAAAACUGUAUGCGACGAUGACUUCGCUACACGUCACCGUAAUCUUAGCCGCAAUAUGGGUAUUGUGUCGUCAUUUCCAAACACCUAUACACCACCGCAUUCCUCUACGAAUUACUUCGAUGUUUGCCCCAACCACAGCAAUGAAGCAAAUCCUAAUAAGCAGAACUUCCAGCAGCUCCAAAUACCAAGUACGGGCGACUAUAGUCACGAGAAAGUAAGUAAUAUGUCACCUGUUGCUGAGCCAUAUUACUCCUAUAUUGACGUACCAACAAUGUACUCAAAUGGAGCUAAUAGCAACAAUAACGAAAUGCAGUUCGUGCAUCCCACUUUCGAGCAACAUCACAUCGGCCACUUCGGUUUGACGAGAAAUGAGUCUAAUGAACCCAGCUACAUCUACACCAAUGCAAAUUACAGCCAAGCCGUGGAGCAGCCGCUGCCACAGGUGCCGUUUAGAACCUCGCCGCUUCCACCGGAACUGCCACUCCGUAAUGGCGCGGAUGCAGCGCACUCGACUGAUUAAAUUAAAUAUGCAGUGGGGGGUGUAGGCUCCUCUCGAAUGUUAUGUUGUGCAUUAAGAAAUGUUAAAAUUAAUUUACUGUGAUAAUAGAUUAAAUUUAUAAGAUUUGUACUUCAAGUGGCAAAAUAUUUCAGUUUUAGUGUAGAAAUGUAUUGAAAGUCCCAGAUUACAAUGGCUUAUUAAACUUUAUUUAAGUAACGUGAUCGUACAUUUGAUAAGAUACAAGUACUCGUAUACUAUAAUAGUAGAAGUCCUCUAACUAAUAGCUUAGAAUAAAUUAAUAUAUAUAUGCAUCAUGAUU